AUGUCAAAAUACAAAGCGGAUCACCCCCGCGACCCCGCUUUCACACUGACCAUUGUGUCUCUCGCCGCCUUCUCCUAUGUUGAUCUGGCCGCCCUGAUAUGUUCCCAGCUGAAACACUUCUUACGGGCCCCGGGCCAGCUGGAACGCCUCGAGCUGCUUCGCUAUCAUCUGCCGUCAAUUAACCUGGGGGCGGGCGGGCUGACAAGCCUCCAGUGUCUCGUUCUGGGGGACUGCUACUACGACUCACUGCUUGAGGAGCUGGCGGGCCUUCCCCGCCUGCGCUCGCUCAUUAUAUUUCGCUGUGCUUUACCCGAAGUGUUCCGAGAGAUCACACCCGCCGUCAUCCCCGCCCUCGAGGUGGUCGUCGUCUCUGACUACGACGAACCCUGCAACACAUCUCCCUGUGUGUGCUACGACUACGAUGACCGAACAGGAACAGCAUGCACGAGAGUCCCUCGGCUGAUCUCGGAGCUGCAGGGUCUGGUGCGACGUGCCCCCGCCCGGCUACACGCCAUUUAUGGGUACGAAACGAUGUUCUUCAGGCACCCCGUGUCAGAGACGGCGGGCUGCCCGCUGUGCCGCGAGGCCUCGGUCGAGGCAGUUGCUGUCAUGCACGAGGAGUACAUGGGACAACGUACGCACAUUAAACUGGACGGUUCAGUUCAAUGUGUAAAGGUGUAACAAAGAAAGGUAUAACACCAACCCCAACCAAGCAAAGGCACUGUUCCCUCUCUUCGCUACCAGUGGAACCGAUUAUGGUCACUCGAACGGCAUUCAUUUGCAAUGCCGAAUAUGUAAAGCCCCUUUUUAUUAUUUCUUGUCGGGGUGCUGUGCCGCAGCCGUCUCACCCCGUUCCAGGGACGAAUCUGUUAGCCCUCCCACAAUGUCCCUUAGACUCUCCGCUGUUAUCCGUGUUCUGAGCGGAGAGGGUGCACAAAGGAAAGACGAAUAAAUUAUUGUGUAAAUAAA